CUCAUUUAAUGCAGGGAGUUGGUUCCAGUACUGCAUUCGAUUUCCAGCCCUCUUAAGCAAAGUAUCAAGAAAAUCCAGACACGUUUCCCAUGCUUAAGAGCAGGCUGGGGAUAGUGCCAAGUUUCAGUAUGGACUGCUGAAUUAUCAGAGCUAUCUCAAAGAAGCCAGAUCUGGAGUUCUAUUUGCACGUUCACCUGUGAGUGCCCUGAAAGCCAGAUACUAAGGGGAAACCACCCCAGCUAAUGGAGUGCAUGGUGGUAUUAAUGGAGUGAAAGAUUCACAGUGACUGGGACACUGCAAAAAUGAACAGGGAAUAUGUCUUCUGGAUACUCUCCUACUCACUGCUGUGCUUUUUCCCUGGUGCUGUUCCCCACACAACUUUGUGCCAUGCAGUCAGCGGAGACACCGUUAUUUUGCCCUGUGCCAUUAAGACUUCUGAAAAGCUGAACAUUUCCAAUUAUUAUAUAUACUGGCAGAUACAUACGUCAGUGGUAGUGCAUUUGUUUUACAAUGGGAAGGACUUGUUGACAGAGCAGUCCAGAAGAUACCACAACAGAACCAGGCUCUUUUUGGAUCAGCUGGAGCAUGGUAACUUUUCUCUAAUGCUCUCUGGAGUUGAGCCUGCUGAUGAAGAUGUGUAUACCUGCAUCUUUAGAAACAAAGUGAGCAAAACUAUGGACACACGUGAAGUUAAACUCAACGUCUCAUCUCCAGAUAAUCAAUUGAUGGAAAUAAAUGUUUCCCCUACUGGGCAAAAUCAGCAUUUACCAAAUGGUCCUGGGGAUGCAAACGCUCUGGAUAUUCUUGUACUCUGGUCUCACUUCCUGAUGGUGUUGGUGAUUUGGAUCUUGUAACUGUGAAAUCAGGGCUUUUGUCUGCAAACUUGUCCUGACAAGUGACUCUUGCAGCACACCACCCAUCUGUAAGGGUUGCACAACUACUGUUCCAGAAGCCACAAACAACAAGGCAUCACCAUGUGAAAACUGGCCUUAUAUUAAGCACCUAUAACCAUAGUUUGGUGCUCAAACAAGCAAUGUUAUUUUUCAUAGGCACUGGCCAUCUGCAGGUCCAAGUGACUUCAGUCACAGGUAAUGAGCCUGAUUUUUCAUCCAUCUGCAAGAGCCUAGCUUUAGGCUUCCACGUUUGAAAAUUCUAGCCCUAAAAUUUUUGUGUGCGUUUUUUGAUGACAAUUUUGAAUCCAACUGAGGUUCACAGUGUUAUUAUAAUUGUCCUUCAUGUGAUCUUUCACAUAAGAUUGCAUGAGCUUUACAAAAAGGGGAAGUAAAAGAAGGAGAAAGCGUAGUCGUCUUAUACGUCAGAGAAAAACUGGAAGUUGUGGGGGUGGCUGCCUUUGCGAAAAUCAAGGGUGAAAACAUUGUGACAGGAAACUUGAGGCUGUGAACUAUGGCUGUGUCUCCUUUUACUCUGAUGCAUCAACUACAUCAUCAGUACAAAGAAAUCCUUUCAUCAGCCAAAGGAGAAGUUGUUGGCAGAGAAUGUUAAAAAAAAAAGCGAACAAUUCCAGAGGAAGAGUGCUGCAUACUACAGAUAAGCCAAAGACUUUGUUAGUUUUUCUUAUACCCUUCCCCAAAGAAAGUUAGAUGCAGCCAACUGAAAGGUACAGAACUGCUGUGAAGUAGGGGGAAGUGGCUUAUAAGUGGCAGCACUUUUUAAGUAUACACAAGUAUUUUUUGCUACAGCUGAAGUCACUCCACUCUCCUUCAUAAAUAAGGUUUCAGAGUAGUAGCUGUGUUAGUCUGUAUCCACAAAAAGAGCAGGAGUACUUGUGGCA